AUGCAUGUGCCAUACAUAAUACCGUUUCUCUUCAUUUAUACCGUCUCUGGAUUCUGCCCCGGGGCUUCGGAUUGGGACCCGUCGGGUACAAAGUGUUACCAUGUGACCCCGAUGAAGAUGACGUGGCAGCAGGCGAUGGAUUAUUGUAACAACCUCGGCAUGACUGGGGCUUCAAUUCUCCAAGCCGAUGAAAGUCACGCUUUGGUAAGACAGGCACGCAGAAAAAUUGAGGACUCCACAGAAUGGGUCUGGUUGGGAGGAUAUUAUAAUGGUAGUCACGUGGAAUGGAACGACGGUUCAGAAGCUACUGCAUACAGCUUUGGGAAACGUUAUCAAAUGCCUGGCUACCUGGCGAUAAGUCUGAAGGACCAGAGUUGGCAUACCGAUCGUAAGGCGACGUACGCGGCGGCUUGCGUGGGAUAUCGUGAGGAGGACUUUUGCAUCUCCGGCCGUCCCAUUCCACCCUGCGACCCGGAAUGGAUGUAUUCCCCAGAUACCACGGGAUGCUAUAAGCUGAUCGGCACGUUUGAUGGCUUCACCUGGCCCGAGGCGCGGAAUCAAUGCCUCGCUUUAGGAGCCGAGCUAACUUCAAUUCAUUCUGAUGAGGAGAAUCGGAUCGUUACAGAACUUGCCGAUACAUACGUGCAUGGGCGACAGGGCAACUAUUACAAGCUGGACCAAGCUGGAACGUGGAUUGGUGGGAAGCGGAUGGGGCCCGGAAAGAAGGACUUUGCCUGGACCGAUGGUAGCCGAUUCGAAUACGCAAGGUGGGCCAGUGGCCAGCCCGACAAUCACCGAAAUGCGCAGUAUAUUCAGAUCUACACAACCCGUCUGGAGGAAUACAGCAAUGACGACAAGUUAUACCUGAACAAAUGGGACGACAUUUGGACGAGUGCCAAGGGAUAUAAUGCUGUCUGCAAAAAGAAGGCGCGAUAU